UUUAGUUCGGAUUGCCCAAUUCUCAAUUUCAUAAGAAUGAUCAAUUCUCAAAUACUCUCAAAUCUUGGUAAUGCUAUAAGAUCAAAAUUGAAAGCGAAGGGAAGAAACCAAAGAAACAACAAAUUUUAAAUUCCUUGGAUAGUUUUGUCAUCUGAAGGGGCAUUUUAUUUACAUAAUACUUAUAAUAAUGACAUUUUAAAGUAGGAAUUUGUUGAAUUUACUAAACUGUCUAACCAUAACCGUAAAUACCUUCUGUAUUCCUAUUGCGAGAUUGUUUGUUUUUAUUACUCAACAGUGUUUAUGCUAAAGUGUAAUCUUAACAGAAAUGCCUUCUAUACCAAUGGUAGCCGAGUCUGAUGCAGAAUGUCAUAGUGUCACAGACAGUGUUGGGUCUCAUUCAGACUAUUCUGCAAAUACACAUGUCACAAUGACAAAACCUCAUAUGGAAGUUGUUUGUGUUAUAGAUAUAUGCCAGAAUGAAAAUGUGGCCCAGAGAAAAAAAGCUCUAGAAGAUGUCAAAAUGGCUUGUAUUCAAGUCGGAGCUUCUCUUUCACACAUUCAGUUUGAAAAACUGGAUUUUGGAGAAGCUAAUGUAGUCAGCAGUUUUUAUAAUGCCGAUGUUGUUAUAAUUGAUAUAUCUUUACCAACUCAACAAACCACUUUAAUUUAUCAUUUAGGAGUAAGGGAAAGUUUUAAUAUGAAGCAAAAUAUUCUUAUCUAUAAUGACUGCGAUCCGGAAGUCACUUUAAGGCUUACGUUGUCCUGUUCAAACUAUCCAUUUAUUUCUUAUAAGCUAUCAGACCUUUCAUGCAUUACAACUUGUCCAAAUCGAACAGAUCGAGGGGAAGAAAUGAAGAAUGAUGAAUUUUUGUAUCAAAAAUUAAAGAAGUUGUUAAAAGAUGUUGAAGUUCAGAGCAAGACAUAUAUGAAAGAGAGAUUCUUAGCAGAUUUAAAAAAGAUUAAUGAACUUAAAAGCGGAACCGAAAGGAAGGAGGCUUUGAAGAAAAUUAAGAAACGCCUAGAUGACCCGAAUGUUCUCUCAGGUGAAACAAUAGUGGACUUGCUGUUAAGCUUUAGGGACAUUCAAGCCUACGAUUCGAUGAUACAUCUAGUGGAAGGUUUAAACACAGUACCUGCUGCCAAAAAAUAUAUCAAUUCCUAUAUUAUAUUUUUAUAUUGUUUCGCACUGAAUCGUCGAAAAAAGGAAGGUGACAGAGAAAAGGCUUUGCAAGAAUGUAUUAAAGCACUAAAGGAGAAAGAAAACCAUUUUCCUGAUAUGCUAUGCUUGUGUGGAAGGAUCUAUAAAGACAAAUUUACAGAAUCAAACUAUACUGAUAAAGAUAGUUUAAACCAAGCAAUACUCUGGUAUAAAAAGGGAUUUGAUUGCCAAUCUAAUGAAUAUGCAGGUAUCAACUUAGCAACGCUACUGGUUAUUAAAGGAGAAGAAUUUAGUAAAUCUAGUGAGUUACAGCAUAUAGCCAUAGUGCUUAAUAGUCUCAUUGGUAAAAAAGGUAGUCUUGCUUCUCUUAUCGAUUAUUGGGAUGUGGCAACAUUUUUUGAAAUAUCCGUUCUGGCACAGAAUUAUGCCAAUGCAAUACAGGCAGCAGAGCAUAUGUUUCGGUUAAAACCUCCUGACUGGUAUCUUAAAUCGACAAUUGGAAAUAUUCAGUUAAUUGAUCGAUUUAGAAAGAAAAAGGAGGACGAUGAUUUUUCCGCAGAAGAGAAAAUUUUCUUUUUUUGGAUGGAUUUUUUUAAAGAAGCUACUAAAACUGCCCAGGAGGUUCCUGCUGAUGGAAGAUUUCCGGUUUUAAUUUUUGAACCCAGCAAAGAGUAUAUGCCUAGUCACAUUUGGAUAAAUUUGGGUGCCGAGCCUCAAACACUGCAGGUAACCAAUGAGUGUCUUAAGAGACUAAAAGGACAGUGUACAGAAAUUCACGACUGGGAGUUUACAGCUGAUGAUAUUAGGCACUUCAGUUUAAAUACACAAGAUGAUCGGUCGUCAUUUCUCUACGUUCUUGCAAUUUCAGACUGUUUCCAACUUUUUUUUCCUUCGGAGGCUUGUAGGAGUGUUUUUCAUGGUCUUUUGACAAAUUUACUUAAUUAUCAAGAGAGACCCCUGGAUCUAGAUUCUCCAGUACAAGAAAUUCGUUGUGAAUAUGAACGCGAUGAACAAGGAAAAAAGAAAAUAUUGGGAAAGGGCACCUACGGUGUUGUAUAUGCAGCGAUUGACUUAAAUAAGCAAGUACGAAUUGCUGUGAAAGAAGUACCUGAAAAAAACCUUGGCACAGUUCAACCACUUCAUGAAGAGAUAAGACUUCAUUCACAAUUAAGACAUAAGAAUAUUGUCCAAUAUCUAGGAUCCCUGUCAGAAGAUGGUUUUUUCAAAAUAUUUAUGGAGCAGGUACCUGGAGGAUCUUUAAGUGCCUUAUUAAGAUCUAAAUGGGGUUCACUUCAAAAAAACGAGAAUACAAUGUCUUCUUAUACAAAAAAUAUUUUAGAAGGACUGAAAUAUUUGCAUAGUCAUAGGAUUGUACAUAGAGACAUUAAAGGUGAUAACGUUCUAGUUAACACGUAUAGCGGGGUAGCAAAAAUAUCGGAUUUUGGCACCUCAAAGAGGUUAAUAGGUUUAAGCCCUAGUACUCAGACUUUUGCUGGAACUAUUCAAUAUAUGGCACCAGAAGUAAUUGACAGGGGGCAACGAGGUUACGCGGCUCCAGCAGAUGUGUGGUCCUUAGGUUGUACAGUUGUGGAAAUGGCCACUGGUAAACCGCCUUUUAUUGAACUUGGAUCAGCCCAGGCUGCUUUGUUUAAGGUAGGAUUUCAUAAAGCCCAUCCAGAGAUUCCAGAGCUAUCGGAAAAGGCGACAGCAUUUAUCCUAAAGUGUUUUGAAACUAAUCCUGAUAAAAGACCUACUGCUGAAGAGUUACUGGAAGAUCCAUUUAUUAGCAAUGAAAAAAAGAAGACAGUUCGCGGCACCACAGAAUUUAGCAGAAGCGUAUCAGUACCAGUCGACAAACUAGCUUCUAAAACUCACUCUGGACAUUCUAGUGCUCCCAAUCAAACGCCAGAGUUAGAGUCCAGUACCUAUACACAUACCAGAGCCUCUUCACUUCUCCCGCCAAUUCAAAUGCCUACUGAUCUCUGCUUUGGAAGUUUGGCAUCAACUCCGUCAUUAGAUUGUGGUGAUUCAAUACUAGAUCACGGUGAGAGGAGGAAUUCUUCUGGAACACUGUUAUCGCCCGAAGCAGAAUUAGGCGUUACAGGUUCUGACGAUUUUUACCAUUUGAAAAAAGAUUCUCAAAGAAGGACGACACUAGCAAAGGUAUUGGCAAAUGACGGUAAUAAAAUUUGCGAACUUUGGAUGCAAAAAGUUCGUGAGUCAUCAGUAGGCGCCACAAUUUUAACACCCCAGCAUCUUUUAAAGUUAAUGGAUGGUCUAAAAGCAUACUUAACUGAGCCUCUAAUGAGCAUUGUUGAAAAGACUGUAAAGGAACUUAAAGAAGAGUUAGAUUACGAUAGUGCUGCCAUCCAUCAAUUACAACUUGCCAUUUAUUUAUAUCAGGAAUCAGUAAAUGAGGUUCUUAGACUUCAUCCCAUAAAACCACAUUGGAUGUUCGCAUUAGAUAACUUGGUGCGAUCUUGCGUACAAGCUGCCAUAACGGUAUUAUCGCCCGAACUAGGUGAAAAUCUUGCGACACAAGGAUCCGUUGAUACGACAAAGUCAAAUAAAACAAAUGAAAGUUUUGAAUUAGGUGACGCGCCAAUAAUGCAUUUAAAGCCAGAACACACACAACUUUGUCAUGACUGUAUGGAGCAGGUUAAAAAAGUUGUGGCGAAAGAGCUAGUAGAUAUAAAUAAGCAACAACUUGAACCUUUAAAAUCAGUCCUCCAGGAAGUAGUUCGGCAACUGCAAGACGUACUUAGGGUUGGUGCUAAAACGGAUAUUCAAGAGGAGAUAGAGGAAGAUCCUAGAUUAGCCAAUUGGCUUAAAGGUUUAGGGAUAAGUGAUUUGUCACAAAGAAAGGUUUUAUCACAGGGCUACAAACUUGAAGAACUGUUGCAUGACUUCACAAGAGAAGAAGUUCGGAGGUUAGGCUUAUUAGGAGCUUAUGAAUUACGUAUAUGGAAGGCAAUAAAACAAUAUCGUGCAACUAAUGGACUUCCAUCAUAACACACUUUACAUGGCAUUCGUGUAAAGGAAAACAAACAUGACAAUAAAACAUGGAGACAUAGCUAAAAAGGUUAUGCAGCAAAAAGAAAACAAAAGAUAUGAAGGAGAUGACCGCUUUCCGAGAACUCCACACAAAAAAAGAUAGGAAACUAUUUAAACUUGGCCUUGAAAAUUCAUAUAUUUUUUUAUAAAGUUAGGUAUUUAGUUUGAGAUUUAUGUUAUAAAAUAGCUAAUACUACUAUCAGACUAAGUUAUUUUUAUUUUCGUGAAGCUUUUUAGUGAUUACAAAGGCCAUUUAAAUUUUUAAUAAAAUGACAUUGUCGACUUAUAGCUUACUCGCAAGUAAAUGUAAUGGUAAUAAACACAUAAAACUAUAAAUAGUGUAAUCUUUGAUUGGAAAAUCAUGUUCAACAGUAUAGGUUCCUAGGCUCUUUACUUUAGGUAUCGACAAAUGAGAAAGCACAAAAGCUAGUUUUCACGUUACUUUUUUUCUUGUAUAAACAAAUAAAGUCAUUAAAUGUGUUUUGGCAUAUCUAUGUUCAAAAUUGUUUAAAAUUGAAAUAACAAAUUCUAGUAAUUUAUAAAAAUCUAUUGGACUUGCGAAGAAGUAAAUUAUAAAAAGUAUAUUAUUUUAUAUAAAGAUGUAUUUUAUCUCUAUGUCUCAUCUCUUGGAAAUCGAUGACAUUUAAUCUCUUUAUUCAUACAGCCAACUAUCCAUCUAACUUUUUUGUAUGUUUUAAAACCUGCGAAUGUCAUGGUUUACUUUAAUGUAAAUAUAGCUUUUAAAAAUAUAUGAAAAGCAUUACUUGAUUCCCGGAACACGUACACAUAAUCAAAGAACGUGUAUUAAAGUAAAACCUGAAUUGUUGUGACGAAUUUAUAAUGAGUUGCUUAUUUUGUUGGGUAUUACGCCAUUUUUAAAAUAAAAAUUAAUGUAGAAAAUACUACUUCACACGCUCAUAUGUAUCGUUAAAAAUCAUGAUGAAAAAGUACAUUUUCUUCUUUUCAAUAUUUGAGCGUGUGAGGUAGUAUCCCAACCUAAGAAAAUAAGUAACUCAGAACAUGUAUUGUAGUGCAUCCAUCUACUAUUAAUAAAUUGAUAUAAUGAAUUUUUCCUGCGAUACUGACGUGAUCCACAAUUUUAAUUUCAAUUUCUGUGCCCUAAGUUCCCACUUAGUUUUUUUAUCUGUUUAUUUAUGUGUUCUAUGUAUAUAAAUAUACAUAUGCCUUUUAAGAAUUUUGGUAGAUGAAUCCAUUACCAAAAUGCUAUUAAUAGAUUUUCAUAUAAUGAAUUGGUUGUAAUAUAUUAAGGGAUUAUUAUAAUAAAAAAGCACCUCAAUAUAUUUUUUAUAAAACUAUAUUGGUGUUAGGUUAAACCCGAUUUUACUGUAAAAUUAAUAGAGUAACUGCGGUAUACAUUAUAAUUUAUUUUAAGAUAUCUUUUAAUUUGUAAGACUUUUAAUGUUAAAAGCUUUAAGGAACGUAAAAACUCUUUUAUAAAUGUAUUAGAUAUAUUAGCUAUUACCACUGCGACACACCAUAAAGACAUAUUAAAAAUGUAUUAUUGGGCUAGAUAUGUGUACAAUUUAAACACCUAACAGAAACAAGUUUCAUUACAUUUAGUAAUUUUCUAUUUUUCUUUCUAAUUCUGUAAAUAUUUAAGUAAGAAUUUAAAAGUAAUGACUCAUAUUAUAUUAUAUAAUGACUCAUGCUUUUCGAAGCUUAACUUGCUAUCAUUUAUGUCAAAAAUAUCUGUUUUUUUCUGUUAAAUAUUAGUUAAAUUUUGUACAUACUAGAGGAUUAAUUUUCCAAAGAUAAUAAUUUUAAAAUUAAAUAGCGAAGACUGCAAAUUUACCUGAAUCCUUUAUAGUGGAUAUUUUGCACGAAAAUCUCAUGAGUUUUGGUUAAUAAUACGUAUCAUACCCAAUUAUACAUAAUUGUGCACUGAAGACACUUUAUAUCUAGAUAUCUCAAGGAAUUUAAAAAACAAAAUAUUGAAACCUAAUCUACAAUUAUUUCACAUCUAGAUGCUAAAUUUUAGAUAGAUACCUUGAAUAAUACUGAAACAAAUCCAUUUUUAUGGAUUUGUUUCAGUAUUAUUUUAUAAGAAAAAUUUUCUUUUAUUUCUUACAUUCGUGUCAUGUAUUGAUCUGUUGUAUCCUGCAUCUGAAAUAUUUAUUAUGUAUUUGGAUUAAUAACUUAGUAUAUUGUAUAUCCGUUUUUUUAUGUAAACAUCGUUAGCACGAACUUU